AUGGACCGAGAGAGAGAGCCAGCGAAAAAGGUACAGUUUCGCACCGCUUGCGACCCGUGCACCGCCGCCAAGGUCAAGUGCGACAAGAAGCACCCGGCCUGUAAACGCUGCGUCGAGGUCCAGGCAUCGUGUACCUACAGCGCGUCGCGCAAACACGGGAAGCAGUCCUGGCGCAGGAAGUUGGCGCAAGACCGCACAACCAACAUCAUCGCCGCCACCGCCGCCACCACCACCAGCAUGGCAGCCGCCAGUGACGCCCAGGUUCCCAUCAUGGCAUUGCCCAGCCAGCAGCUGGCCUGGGACGCGCUGCUGGCCGGGGCCAUGGGCCCGUGGAUGAUGGACGGCCGCGGCCUGGAACCGCUCGUCAUCAACGAGCAGCCCGGGUCCGGCGAUGCGUCGGCCAUCGCAUCGUCGUGGUCUUUCGCCGACAGCGACUUGGAUGCCGGCUCUUUUAGCCAUUGGGACGCGACCGAAGUAUUUCCUGGUGGCGCGACCGGCAACUCGAGAAGCGAGUCCGAUCAUGAAAAUGACUAUCCCCCAGACCCGACCGCGCCCGUGAACCAGCGCCCCGGGUCGGCUACGAGCACAGCGCACGAUUGCGAGGCCCGGGCCAUCUCGAUCCUCAGCUCCAUGCAGCACGGGGAACUGGGCGAAGGGGCGGCGACCUGCUCUGCCCAGCCGACGCGCUUCGGAGCAUUGAAUCUGCGGCCCCGCUUCGAUAGCGUUAUCACCACCAACCGCGCGGCCUUGGACGGCUGGAGCGAGCUGACCAUUCUGUCCAAAAUGCUCUUCUGGUACCGCAUCGCCGCGCGGGACUCCCUCGCGGCUUCUACAGCAGUGAGUGCAGUGAGUGAACAACGAGGCGACAGCAGCGACAACGCGUACAGACGCGACAGCCAAGACGGUCCUUCCCAGAGGGACGCACCUCCCACCCCCGACCGUUUCGCCGUCCAUCUGACGGCGAUACAAGUGGGCGGUCUCAGCCUGGACGCCGAGGAGCAGGCGGACCUGCGCCGAGCUCUCCUACUCCGCGAGCUCCGCAAGACAGAAAAAGCCAUCGACCAACUCACCGAAGUGGGGCGCCCGGAUGCGGCUGAGGGUGAGGACGACAUCAUGCGCAAUGCCGUGGCUUGGUCGGUCAGCGGCAUUGCCCAGGUCCGGGCCCAGCUGCGAGACGUGAUUCAGCAAGUGCAAUCCAGUUCCGAAGGUGGCAGGGUCUGAAGGACUUUUCGCAACUUCUCACUAUCGUACAUCCUGUUUCUUUUACCUCUGCCAGGGUUCCUCGGUACCAUACAUUCCGCUUGCUUCCACCACUACCCAUGUGUCCCUUGGUAUUGAGUACUAGAUCAACAAUACAAUAGACAACCUUUGCAUUCUACUGCAUGUGAUCAGGCCGUCUCAUUGGAGGCCGUCUUGGACUCGUGGGCAGGGACCUUCUUCCACUCCAUCCCAAGGGCCCCCAAAAACGCGACACACUCCAAGAUAAGCGACAGCCGGAACGCCCACCGCAAAGCCUCCAUGUACGCUCGCAGGACGUCUGGCAAGUACUCGUCAGGAACUGAGGCUCGUAAGUCGGUGGCGCCAGCCGAGACGACAGUGUG